AUGGUUCCGGUGGCGGCGCGGCUCCGCGCGCUCGAGAGCGAGGCCCUGGCGGUGCGGCGGCAGGACGGUACGCUCCGCUGCCUGACGUGCGGCGCUCCGCUCGCCGCGACUUCCCGGCUCGAGCACCUCGCCCGGCGCGUGCGGGCGGGCGCAGAGGCGAACCCGCUGGUCGAGCGCUUCUUCGCCGACCGGCUGCACGUGCCGCUGCUCGCUCCGCCCUUCCACCUCCUCGCAGGGUACAAGCACCUCGCCAAGGAGCUGACCGAGUCGAUGUCGGCGUGCGACGCGCUGCAGGCCGUCGUCGGCGAGCCGGAGCAAUGGCACGUCGUCGACCUCUGUUGCGGCUGCGGCCUCACCGCAGCCACCGCCGCGCUGCGCUGGCCAGGCUGCCGCGUCACCGCCAUCGACCGGCUGGCGAGCAAGGGGCUGCCCCACUUCGAGGUGGGGUUCGCGGGAGAGGGCGGCGGCGGCGAGGGCGGCGGCGAGGGCGACGGCGGCGGCGGCGGCGGCGGCGGCGGCGGCGGCGGCGGCGGCGGCGGCGAGGACGGCGAGGGCGAGGGCGGCGGCGGCGCGCGCGUGCGGUACGUGCGUGCCGACGUGCAGAGUGAGGUGUUCCUCGCGAGGCUGGCGCAGGAGGUCGAGGCUGCGGCACCGCGCCCGACCGCGCUGAUCGGAGUCCACUUGUGCGGCCGGCUCAGCUUGCGCGCCGUCGAAGCUUUCUCCGCGGUGCGCGGCGUGCGUGUGCUCGUGCUGUCACCGUGCUGCCUGCCCAAGCGGUCGGCGGCUGAGGCGGAUGAGGACCCGGCACUGUUCCAGUCGCUCUACACGGACGGCGAUACGGACACCGACGCGCAGUACCGACGGUGGGGGGAGUUCAUCGAAGACGAUUUGCGGCGGCGGUGUCCGACCGCGACCGUGACGCGCGGUGUGGCAGAGCACAUGAAGUCGAAGAAGCGCACGGUGAUAACCGCGCUGCGCGAGUGA